CCCUUCCAAGUCCCAAAUUAUCAGAUCUCCCCUUACACCAAAUUCCCUCGCAACAAAAUCCUCCUGUAGAGGUUGAAAGCAGCCAUGGCUUCCUCUGCACUCUCAAUCUCCUCUUCUUCAACUCUCGUCGAUGCCAAGUCUCCUCGCCAAUCCUCUGCUGCAUCGCCUCCUCAAUGUGUAACUCUCCCUACACUCCCUCCCCCACCCGCAGCUCAGUCUCAGGGCCGAACCUUCAAAACCACGGCUUACUGUCGUAGGAUUGCUCGCAAUGUAAUGGCAAUGGCGACGGGAGAGGCUCCAGCGGAAGUCGCCGCAACAACUGAGCUGCCAGAGUUUGUUAAGACGAUUCAAGAAGCCUGGGAGAAGGUAGAGGACAAGUACGCAGUGGCUUCGCUUGGAGUAGCUGGUGUAGUGGCACUUUGGGGAUCCACAGGGAUGAUCUCGGCAAUUGAUAGGCUUCCUUUAAUUCCUGGAGUUCUUGAAGUUGUGGGCAUUGGAUAUUCUGGGUGGUUUGCAUACAAGAACCUCAUCUUCAAACCAGACAGGGAAGCUUUGAUAGAGAAGAUAAAAAGCACGUACAAAGAGAUAAUCGGGAGCAGCAGCUAAAAUCUAAGAGGAGGAUUGCUGUUGAGAUUAAAAAAGAGAAAGGUAAAGUGAAUGCCUUAAAGCAUUUUUCUUGUACUUCAUUUUUCUAGCACAAAUUCCUAACCAGAGCAAGCUUCCCCCAUGUAAUUCCACUAGUUAUCCUCUUUUUUUACAAGCCUUCGUGUAAUUAAAUAAUUUACUUCCCCUCUUUUCUUUGUUCCUUUUCUCCACCUGCUUAAAUUGCUCUUAGUCA